AUGUUAAAAGGUUUAACGUGGCAAACGCUGAGAGCGAAUUAUUCAUUAAUACCACUUUUUUCCGUCGUUACACUUGGUGUGGUAAUGGCAGCUGGACAUGCAUUUCGUAGUCUAGCUUUUUCACCUGAUGUUAAAGUGAAUCGAGGUAAUCCUGAACGACCAUGGGAAGCACAUGUCAAUAAUGAUGGUUCAUUUAAACAUGCAAAAUAUGUUAAAUUACAUGAUUAUCGUAAAUUAAAAAAGAGUGAAUAUGAACCAGAACUCGACGAGUAA